AUGAUGGAAUUUUGUUCAUUGAUGCAAGAUGACUUUAUACAAAAUGUACGUCAACAAAAUUCAGCUACAGUUCAUUUAACUACUAAUAAUAACAGUAAUAAUAACAACAAUAAUAAUACUAGUCAACCUGUUGUAUCAUCUACUGGUGGUGCAACAACAACAACAACAACAACAAAAACAAAAACAGUAGGAUCAACACGAAAAGAUACAGACAGUACAACAACGACAUUAACUCAUUUAAUGUGA